AUGUCCGAAGCCGCCGACUCCCGCGGCCUGGCCAAUCCUGCUGCAAAGCGCAAGCGAAGUCCGUCGCUGGCACUACACCAGGCAUUCGGAAAUGGUCAACAGAACAAGGCGCCAAAGACUGGCAACGUGAGCAGCCAGCUCCAGAUCAACUACAUUGCGCGACAAUGCAUCGAUGACCUUCCCUUCAUCUCAAAGGAGGACACUCUUCCUGCUUUGCUCGACGUCUUGUCUUCGUACACACAAGUCCUCGAUCGUCACGAAUCACUGGCUAGUAACCUCGGAGCUCGACCUCUCGGACCCAUCCUGAUUAAGCGCUUCGAACGCUGCUUCGAUGCGCCUCCUCGAGUAAUUGCUUCGCACUCGCACGCUCGCGACUCGGACCUGCCCCAAGUCACCUGGUUGGACGUCGUGCACUUUGCAAAGGCGCAUCCCUCGCAGUUCACCUUGUCCACCUUCAGCGAAGGUCGCCGCGUGUGCCAGUUCUACUACCCUCAGAAGCAAGUGCGCGUACAGAUCUCGGAAGAGGACUUUGUCUUCAUCAACAGUGGAAGAUGUCAGGACCUGGUCCCACCGCUUCCCAUCUGGGAGGACGAGGAGAAAGAGGUGGCCACAUGCGAGAUUGUCGAAAAGGCGCUGCGAGACUUGACUGCCGCUGCGGAUAAUGUCGCUGCUCGCACCCGUCAACUGACGCAUAGACUGAAGGGUAGAAGGAUGGCCAUUCUCGAACGUAGGUCAGCUGAGGAGUCGCACAACCAAGAAGCACAGCAGCAAGCGCUGCAGCCUUCUUUUAUCUCGGUCAACAACAACCAGCAGCAGCCUGUCAUGCACCAGCCUCAUCAGACUCAACAACAACAGCCCCCGACGUCUCCUGAGAAGACCGACCCUGCUCUGCAUAUCCGCAACGACCUCCUGAAGCACUUCCAAUCGCUGCCCAAGCCACAGCCAGACAAUCGUCGAGUUUCUUCUGUUCAACAGCAACCACACUCCCCACCCUUCCAGACUCCGCCAAACUUCAAUCAACAACCGCGAACCAAUCUGGAUCCAGCCUCUACUUCUGUCUCGCCUGUCCCUACCACCGUCGCCGCCCUCGCUGCCGCCGCCGCAGCCCAAGCCUCGAGCUACACACGCGAAGAGUCACCACAAUCCUCUCAGCCACGCCACAACUUCUCGAAACCUCUGCCUCCAGCCCAAGAAGUCUCGCAACCCUACCGCACAAUCUGUCAAGCCCACAUGGAGAGUCUUCCCCGCGGCUCUCGUGUCAUGCCACCGUGCGAUCGCUGCAGACGUCUGAAAAUGGAUUGUCUCAAGAAUCUCUCGUCCUGCGGUGGAUGUACCAAGAAACACGCACGCUGCCACUGGAAGCAAGUUUCGCGCGAAGAAGUCCAAGGACUCGAAGGCUUUGAAGAAGCAGAAAGAGUAGCCAACGAAUACGCAAAUGGUACUAGACGCUUCAGCAGCGAGUAUGCAGCCAGCGACACUAGUAUGGAUGUCGAUGUCAGAAGUCCAUUUGAUUAUUCUAGUCACACUGCGGCUUCUACACCUGGAAACCUACAGGCUUUUGCGAGACAAGGGGCUGCGUAUCCUGAAGUCCAGCAGCAGAGUGGUUACCCUCAACCGCCGAGUCUACAACAACAGCAGGGGAAUGGAUAUGAGGAGUAUCGUCCAGCAGCUAGUGUGCAGAGAAACCCCUUCCCCGAGGACUUUACACAACAAGCACCACAAUCUCAGCCUCUGCAGCAACCGCCUCAGCAACAGACUCAAACACAACAACAACAAGAUCGAACGAUGGAUCUCCUUCGCGUGCUCGGAAACCACAAUAACAGCAUCACUUCAUCCACAUCCACACCUGACCAACAGCAACAGCAACAGCAUCAACAGCAACAAACACAGCAAAACAGAAACAAUGGCGCUUUUCGCACUUCUUUUACUCCAGCCAAUGAACCUGCCACUCUUCCUCAAUCCAUCACUCAAACCCCCACAGGACAGGAAAAUGGCGAAGUGCAAAGAGUUUAG